AUGACUGUGGCGACGCGUCUAUCGUCUGCUGUUCUCGCCCUUGCAUCUCUCGCCUUGGUCAGGGGACUCGCAGUCAGCUAUCCCGAGGUGAUUCCCGGCCCGGGCCUGCCGAGCUUGGCCGAGCUCGGCGUCACGUCCGCCGAGCUAUACAGCAUGGGGCUGCCACCACACUCUGCAGCAACCCGCCACUUGGCAGGACGGGCGCCUACAUUCGAGCCGCGGUGCGGGCCAUCGGAUGGCGCCUACGCAAACGUCAACGACAUCAUCGCAUGCUACCACUACCUCGACAGGCUCGGGGGUCAAGCCUGCGGCACGGGGGACAACUACGCCGUGGUCGAGUUCUGCCGCGCGGGGUCUGGGCACAUUAUCGGGCAGGCGCUCACGUCCCGGAGCACUUCCUCGUCAUGCUCCGACGUGGCCAUCGCCGCGCUGUACACCAUUGACCACUGCACCCGUCCGGACCAGACAGUUGCCGGCUUCCAAGCUGCGUAUGGCAACGGCGAUCUCGUUGUCGGAUGUACGAAUAUCCACUGGUGA